AUGUACCAUACAAUCCAAGACGAGCCCAGCUCGCCCAAAACCCCUACUAUGGAGAUCUCGUCGCCAGCGUCAAAAUCUUCAUGGGCCUUUUCACAACCCUGCAGUGGGAGCUCCGGCGGACUCUCAGAGACAUUAAGAUUGGAGCUCAUCCGCAUUUCCGGAGAUCUCUGCUGGGCCUGCAGCUCUUACGGCACCCAAGUCUGCCAAGUGUUUAGAGAGAGAGACACAAGAGAUGAUCUUUGGGCCCACAUGGGUCUUAUGAAUUAUUCUCCCCAUUCCCUCGCAAACGCCAUACUAUUAUGUCCAGCCUGCCAUAUGCAUUUUGAUCGUGAUAAUGACCCUGCCUUUCUUUUGGUGCCGACGGAUUUGGAUUAUUUUAUCCGAUUUGAGCAAGAUGACAGAAUCCGGAGGCAGGAGGUUGGAUGGCCUCCCGGCCGACAAAUCCCAACAAGUGCCAUGUAUACAGCAUACCUUGAGAGCUCGGGGAAGGGUCGUGAGGGGUACACUCCAGUAUUUUUGAAAUAUUACCUGCAUAAUAUGGCGCCCCCGCCCUAUUUAACCUUACCAAAAUAUUGGCAAGGAGCACCAGCUGCCGUACUACAGCGUUGUAUCAUGGCCCUUGGGAGUGGGAGAAUCGUGUCUCUCGGCCACCAGGUGGCACAGCUGGAAACACUGAGAAAUCUAUAUUUCUCACCUAUCGAAGGAACAUUGCCUAUUGAUCUUCAUGAUUAUAACCUGCCACCACAGGCAAACCCACCCCAAUAUGAAGAUCCACCUGCACCAAACCCUCCGCUGUCAGAGCAAACAUCUGAUUGCGAGAUCAGAUCAUCAGACUCUCAACCUGAGGCUGACCCGGACACCCAAGUACCCGAUGCCAAAGAUCCGGAUUUCAACCCUGAGAACCAUAGCCGGCAUAACAACCGGAAGAGGAAGGGAAAGGAUACCAGCGCCCAGGGUACCAGGAAGCAUGCAAAGCGUGGUACUGGUCCAACCAGUUACCACUCUGGUCGGGAGAACUGGGUCCUAGGCCCUAUGGCAACAUCAGAGGAUGCUAUAUUGCGGUACUCUCCAAUUUUCGCUCGUGAAUAG